UCUCCAUUCGCUCAACAAGCCGGAUUGUAGGUCAUAACAACACGUGAACAUUUUUGUCAUGAUACGUAUUGGUCAAGACUUACUUCAACUGAGAUGUCUGUACAUUAUAAAUUCAAAAGUGCACUGGAUUACGACACUGUUACUUUUGAUGGACUACACAUAUCAGUAGGCGACUUAAAAUCUGCUAUAUCGCAACAAAAGCGUAUAGGAAAGACCUCCGACUUCGAUUUAGAAAUUACCAACGCUCAAACAAAAGAAGUAUAUGUAGAUGACAACACUUUGAUUCCAAAGAACACUUCACUGCUUGUAGCUAGAGUACCUCAGUCUCAACAGCCCAAAAAACAGUGGGAAGGUUCAAAUGCUAGUCAAUCAGUAUUGCAUAAAGAUGUGGCUCCGAAAGGAUUGGCCGAUCUGUCUCGCAUGGAAGGUAGCGAACAGGAUAAAAUAAAUGCUAUGAUAUCACAGUCAACUUUUGACUACGACCCUAGCAACUAUCAAAAAAUUAGAGGACAAAACCAAAGAGGUGCUGUGCCAACAAAUUAUAUUUGCUACAAGUGUCAGAAAAGAGGACAUUGGAUUAAAGAUUGCCCUACUGCCAAUUCUGCGGAACUAGUGGAAAUAAAAAGAAGCACAGGUAUCCCUCGGAGUUUUAUGGUACCAGUGGAUGGUCCAAAAGCACCAGGCGCUAUGAUGACACCUAGUGGUACUUUUGCUGUCCCGGCUGUGGACCAUGAGGCAUAUCAAGCAUCUGAGAAUACAGUGGAUACACCGACAAACACUCCGGCUGUUCCUGAGGCAACGGUUCCAGAUGAGCUUAUUUGCAGCUUGUGUCGAGAUCUGCUCACUGAUGCUGUCAUGAUACCCUGCUGUGGCAACUCCUUUUGUGAUGAAUGUAUCAGGGGUGCACUUUUAGAAUCUGAAGAUCAUGAAUGUCCUGACUGCAGAGAGAAAGAAAUUGCGCCUACGACUUUAAUUCCAAAUAGGUUUCUGAGGAAUUCUGUGUCCGCCUUCCGAAAUCAAACCGGUUACAGCCGUCGCACGCCACAUAGGCCAUCAGCGGCGCCGAUGCAAGCACGUCCUCCUGGCAUGGAAGGGCAGCUAGUGCAGCCUCCGAAUGGUCCAGGUCAACCUCCAGAUACGGGAGGUAUAGGCGGGCGCGGGGACGAGUCAGAUGGUUCUGCGGAUGACAACAUCACUGUAACCGUGCCGCCGGCACACGCGCACCAGCUGCACGUGUCACAUGGGCCACAUGGGCCACAUGGGCCACACGGGCCACACGGGCCGCACGGAUCACACGCGCUGCACGGACCGCAUCACGGGCAUCACGGGCCACCGGGAGCAGGGGGUGUCCACGCGCAGCUGCCACAUACUCGUCCAAACAUGCACCCGCGCUACGGACCUCAUCCAGGCAUGAAGCCUCUGGGUAUAGAUGUUCCAAUGAAUAUGCCAAGAAUGGAUGAACAAAGAGCUAGUACGCCGACGAUUGAUGAGCGUCGAGAUCCUAUGUCUCAGGCCGCUUAUAAUCGAGGGCCGCCUACGCAGUUUAUGUCGAGUGUCGCACCUCCUCGUUAUAAUGAGCCACCGUUUACAAGACACGGACCUCCACCGGUGGGUGGGCCAAGACCACCAUUCAACAAUCGAUUCCCACCAGAUCCCUAUCAACCUCCGCCGCCCGGCAUCAAGGAUUCACCAUCUAAUGGGCCCGCCGAGGAGGAUCCCCUGGAGGCGUUCAACCGGAUGAUUCGCGAGAAGGAGAUGCGCGCAAAGCGGAGGGAGGAAGAGCGGCGCCGAGCACAGUCGAGCUCGCGGUCGCCUCGCUCGCGCACGCCUCGCUCACCGCGCAGCCAGCGCUCGCCUCGCUCGCCACGGUCGCCGCGUUCGCCACGCUCGCCACGCUCACCACGCUCGCCGCGGUCACCACGAUCGCCCCGCGCUCGCCCGCGUAGCCGCGCCUCGACUCGCCCGCGAUAUUCUAGGUCGCGUUCUAUUUCCCGCGGUCGCCUGCGGCGUUCACCGUGGUCGCCACGCCGUCGGCGCACCCGGGAGAGGUCUUUGUCGUUGACUCGAUCCCCGUCGCCGCGGCGACGCCAUCGUUCCCCGUUGCGUUAUCGCUCCCCGCUGCGGUCGCCGGGCCCGCGAUCGCCGCCGCCGCCACCACGCUCGCCGCUGCGCUCGCCGCCGCGCCCGGCGCGCUCGCCGCGCCCUCUUUCGCCGCAUCGGUAUCCCGGAGUAUACGACGAAUUGUUGUCGCCGCCUCGACGUAGCGUAGACCCGCCUUACGGACCCAGGUAUGGGCCUCGAGGCAAUGCACCUCCUCCUGGAUAUCCUCCAAUGGGGCCAAAAGUUAUACCUCCACUAGGAAAUAUUCCAAUGCAAGGCGAACCUCCACCAGGAUAUCGUGGUCGCUAUGAUGGUUUACCUCCCUUUGAAGAUGUCCCGCCGGGCGUUGAGCCUCCUGUACCUGGAUUUGAACCAUCUCCUUUUGAGAAGCCGCCUUUCGGUGCACCAGGAUCAAUGGAUCGCGAACGAGGACCGGCACCUAAUUACAGAGAGCCUUACAGGCCACCCUUUAUUGAAGGCCCAGGCCCAGGUCCAGGUUACAGAGAUAUGCCUAUUCCACCAGUACAAAAUGAAAUUCCAGUUCAUGUUGGAGAUCAACCGCCUCGUUAUCGCGAUAAUUAUCGGCCGGGUCAUCAAUAUCGCGAUCAAGGUCCUAUGCCAUUCCGCGAAGGCCAGCCAUAUCGUGAUUCUGGACCGCCCCUUCCUUACCGGGACGGACCACCUGGACCUGCGCGUGAAUUUAGAGGUGGACCUGCUAGUCAAUUUCGAGAUAACUCCUAUAGGAAUAAUCAUCCGUAUAGAGAUGGUAACUUUCGAGAUAACCCUCCCCAUAACUUUCGUGAAGGUGGUGCACCGUUUAGGCCCCCAAGUGCGGAUCCGAGGGAUCCAGUGCCACCAAACUAUCAUGAUCCUAACUACCGUGAUGGUUAUAGAGAUGAAAAUAAUAGAGAAAUUGUAAGGCCAGGUUAUAGGCCAACUUCACAUGGCCGAGGUGGUUCAAGACGUAACCCUAAUAUAGAACACGAAAGGCAUAGAGACAGAGGUCGUGAGCGCGAACGAUUUAAUGACAAUAGGGAUGUUACGGAUAGAGCAGAAAGAUCGCGUGAUGAUAAGAGACCCGGUUACGAAAAGAGUCGCGAAGGCCGUGAAGAUCGGCCCCGCGAUUACGAUAAAAACCGGGAAUAUGAAAAAGAAAGAGACUAUGAUAGAAAUACACCUGAUAAAAAAGUACGUGGCUCUCCAAAGCGUAGCAGAGAUGGAAGAGAUAAGAAGCGUAGUGAAUCUCGAGGAAGGUCCCGUGAACGUGAUCGGGAUGUAAAAAGAGAGAAGAAAGACGAAAGAGUUCGCGAUAAAUCGUCUGCUGAUGGAACCAAGGAACACAAAGAAAAAGAAAAGAAAGAAAAGAUAAAAGAAAGAAAAAAGAAGAAAAGAGAAAAAGAUACUGAAAAAGAAAAGAAAAAGAAACGGGAUAGAAAGGACAAAAAAGACAAAGAUUUCUUAAAGAAAGACGAUGAAAAUGCAGAAAAAACGGAAGAAAAAGGAGAUGAAAAAGAAAGUGAUAGUCAACAAUUAAACCAGCAUGACAUAGAUAAUACUGAAAAGAAUGAAACAGAACUUAGAACCUUACACAAAAAAGAAGAAUCGCCUAAAGUAGAGUCUGAUGAGCAGCCAAAAGAUGACCUAUAUGGAGAUGAAGCUGCUGAAGCUGUGGAUAAAGAAAUCAUACAAAAUUAUAUUAAGACGGAAGAAAAUGACACUAUUGAUGAUCAAAAAAAUAUGGAACAUUUUACCAAAGAAGAACCUUUUGAUGGAAUAGAACUUCAAGCGAAUACUGAUGAAUUAGACUUAAAGGUAGACUUUGAAACUACUCCUCAAAACAAAGAAAUGUUAGCAAUCCUACCGGAAUUAUCUAAAUGGGAAGUUGAAGACGAUAAUAUGGAAAAAUUAAAGGAACCUGGUGAAAUCACGUCGCCGGAGGAGGAAGAAGAUAGCGGUAAAGUUACGUCAGAGGUAAUCAAACGAGCUGAAAAUGCUAUAUUUGCAAAAGCAAUUAAUUCUUUGAGACCAAUAGAAAUUAAGAAGAUAAGCAGCGAUCGUGCGAAACUGUACAGUGACGAACCGCAACCUAAAAGUUCAAUCCAGGUAACAGUUCCUUUAUCUGAAACUGAAACACGAGCUGUUGAAAUAAAUGAUAAGAAACGGCGAUAUUCCAAAACACCACCACCUAGGCUAUCAGUGAAAGAACGUUUAGGCGGCAAAGUAGAAGAUAUUCGUAGACCAAGAGAGCCUCGAGUGGUUCACAGUACAGUAGAACGUGUCAAGUCUCGAUCUAAAACUCCGAAAAAGGAUCAACCGUAUCGCAGAGUCACGUUGGAAAAAGAUAGAAACCGUAAACUUGAUGAUAUAAAUAGACAGGAAGUUCCUAAAAAUGAGAGACGCGUGGCAUCGGAAGCCAGUAAACCUGAAAAACACAACAUCCGGAACUCUGGCAAAGAUAAUAAAAAGAAAGAUGCGGAGAAGUUUAUUAAACCCGAAAAACCUCAUCACGAAGAAACUUCAGAAUAUCGUCUCCGUGUUGAUAAAAAUAUAAAAGACGAGAAACACUCAACUACAGAUCGUGAAAGAAAGAAAUCUACGUUGGAUGAAGCGCAUUUUGAACCUGAUUACGAUGAAAAUGUCGAGUCAGAAAACGAAACAAAAGACGAAACUUUGAAAAAGAGGAACCGAUCCCGCUCUCCUAUGGGUCCAACAGAGCCAAAAAAAAUCAAACUUGAUAAAAAAAAUGACACAGAAACUGACACUAUAAAACUUGACUUAACUAAUGUGAAAAAGAAGCCUGAUUCAGACAGCGAAUCAUCUAGUUCUGAUGUUUCGUCUUCCUCAUCUUCAUCAGAUGCACGCAAGCGCAAGAAGAAGAAAAAGCGGGCAAAGAAAAAGAGGAAGCGCGCUGCUAGCGAUAGUGAGAGCGAAUCAGAUUCUAGUUCCGACGACCAUAAGAAAAAGAAGAAAAAACGCAAGCAUAAGAAGAAGUCCAGUAAAAAGAAGAAGAAAUCUAAACAUAAGUAAGUGUUUAGGUUAGUU